AAUCGAUAUUUACGUUUACCAAACAUCGAGCCGUCGGUAAUUUGAUAUCUACGCGCGCAUAUUGCCGUCGAAGGAAACGUAGUAUCCGCAAUUAUUAGCAAGAAGUCAUCGCCAUGGCUGCCUAAUGAUAUUCAAAUAAGUGAAUCUAAAUAACUACUGGUGCAUACACACCCACAAGUGUUUACCUUCCUUUCUCAAUAUCUUAAGAUACAUACAUAUGUAUGUAUGCAAGCGUACAUCUACAUACUUAUACAUAUUUGCUUGCGUUUACCGAAAUCCAUCUACUUCGAUUCGCGUUUGUAUGCAAAUACAUAAAUUGUAAUUUGUGUUGAUGUUAGCGCCAGCUAUUAUAGUCAACAUAUUAACAUUAGAAUUGUAAGCGUGUUGCAUUAGCAAUGAUGCAAACUUUGAAACCGCCACCACCACUGCUACAACACCACUACCAACACCAAUACCAGCCGCAGCCUCAUUCGUCAUUGGCUUCGUCGUUGCUUAGUAGCAACAUUUCUAUUAUGAAUAAUCAUAUCCAUCAACAGCAACAGCCACAUCCUUUGCUGCAUAAUCAUCAAAAUCCACAAACGAUGAUGCAACAACCGCAGCUUAGUCACCUAGUACCUCCGUUGCCUACGUUGCCUACGCUGCCUACACUGCCUACAUUGCCUCCGCUGUUGGCAUCGACUUUGACGCCGCAACCUGCUUCUUCAAUAACGAACUGCAACAGCAACAAAAGCGGUAACGGCAGCAACAGCAUAGGUAAAGGCAUUUGCGUUAGGAGUAUCUUGCAACACAAUCACACACCAAAUCAACAACAGCGGCAAGACAACAGCAUCACUGCCGCCGGCGCAUCUGCCGUCCAUCUUGACGAUGAACCGAAUCCUGAAAUGGUGCUCGCUUUGAUCUCAAGGAACCGAGCGCUCGAGGCUACUAUACCGAAAUGCGGUGGCUGUCAUGAACUAAUACUUGAUCGUUUUAUAUUGAAAGUGUUGGAGCGGACGUGGCAUGCGAAAUGUUUGCAAUGCAGCGAAUGCCACACCCAACUAAAUGAUAAAUGCUUCUCGCGAAAUGGUCAACUUUUUUGUAAAGAAGACUUUUUUAAGCCUACUAGACGAUAUGGAACAAAGUGUUCCGCAUGUGAUAUGGGAAUUCCGCCAACGCAAGUAGUUCGGAGAGCGCAGGACAAUGUCUACCAUUUACAAUGUUUUCUUUGUACAAUAUGCUCUCGAACACUAAAUACCGGUGAUGAGUUCUACCUUAUGGAAGAUAGGAAGCUAAUAUGUAAGCGUGAUUAUGAAGAGGCGAAGGCGAAAGGACUCUACUUGGAUGGUUCAUUGGAUGGUGAUCAGCCAAAUAAACGACCUCGUACAACAAUAACGGCAAAACAAUUAGAAACACUUAAAACAGCCUACAAUAAUAGUCCUAAACCUGCACGACAUGUACGAGAACAACUAUCGCAAGAUACCGGACUGGACAUGCGAGUCGUCCAAGUGUGGUUUCAAAAUAGGAGAGCGAAGGAGAAACGACUGAAGAAGGAUGCUGGCCGAACGCGAUGGAGCCAAUAUUUUAGAUCAAUGAAAGGAAGCUGCUCUCCGCGUACGGAAAAAUUCCUCGAUAAGGACGAGUUAAAAGUAGAUUACGACAGUUUUAGUCAUCACGAUUUAAGUAACGAUAGCUACAGUACGGUCAAUCUAGGUUUAGAUGAAGGUGCUUCACCACAUAGUAUAAGAGGAUCAUAUUUGCACGGUAGUUCCAGUCCACCGCAAUACCCGACUAGUCGAUCACCACCCCCAGUGGGGCACAACCACUCGUUUGGUUCAUAUCCCGAUAACAUUGUUUAUACAAAUAUAGAUCAUAACACAUCAUCGAAUAAUAUAUCUGCGUCGAAAGCACAUCGAGUACAUGGCAGCGCAGUAUCGGAUUUGAGCAAUGAUUCUAGUCCAGAGCAGGGCUAUCCUGACUUUCCACCAAGUCCUGACUCUUGGCUGGGCGACUCAGGGAACACUUCGAAUCCGAAUUCACAAACACCGGGCAUUCAUUACUGAUACUCGUACACACGCAUACUGCUUAAGUACUUGCAAAUGCGCAAUUACUCUUACUGGCGAGCCAAACAGAAUGAUCAUCAAUUCAAAUUCGCACACAAAAUCCUAUAACAUUAAAUACUAUUUGCUAUUACGCAUGCUCGUAUUAAAUAAUUGAUAGAUAUGAUAUGAUUGAUGGAAUGUAUUUAUGUAAAUUUUCACAUUUUGCGGCAAACUUAAAAAUAUUGAUUUGAAGGUAUUUAGGUAUGUAGAAUUUAAAAAUGGACGUUUUUGUAUAUAAGUAAUGAAACAAAGAAAAUUGCUCAAAAAGCCGUACUUAGUUUUAUAAAAAUCAUUAAAAUUAAUUUGUUUCUCGAUGAAAUGGAGUCAAUAGAUUUCUAAUUCAUUUAUAAAUUUCAUGGAAAAUGUGUUACAAUUUGUUCGAAACAAUAAAAAAAAACAAUUAGUAUAGUAAAUGUAAAUAUUGUACAUACAUAUAAGUAAACAUUAGGUAUUCGUGUAAAAUAGAAAGCAUUUAAACAUAAUGAGAAUAGACAAAUUAUUUAUUAAACAUAUGCUUUAUACAAACUAGUAAAUAUCAUUUACGAAAAAGUGAUGUCAUGUUUAUAUAUCUACAUGAUUACCUAAAAACUAU